CGCCAUUCCCCCGCACGGCGACGGAGCAGCGACUCGGCGAUCGCACACGAGAGAACGAAAAUCCGGACGAGAAAGCCGCCCAAAUGCUGACUUCCACGCACUUCGCCGCCGCGCUCCUGCUGACGCUCGCCCUCCUGACGCCCGGCCUCCGCGCGGAGCAGGAGGCCCUUCGGCAGAGUCAGCAGACGCGCGAGCUCACCCUCGAGAAGGUCCUGCACACGGCCGUGUCCACCUCGACCUACACGGUGGUGGUUUACCCGACCUGCACCACCUCCGUCGCGGGCGUGUCGGCCUGCCGCGACGCCCACGUUCCGAACCUAAGUCACAUGAUCCAUCCGGAGGCCUCGCGGGCGCCGCUCAGGGGAAGCGUGACGGCGCUCCCCGCGCAGGACGGCUCGGAGAGCUCCACGUACGAGGUCGCCGAGGUCGUGAUGCCCUCCUGCGACUGCCCGGCGCUUGGCGACGCCCCCGGCUCCUCCUUCCGCUCCGCCAGGCUGCUCCAGGACCAGGUCAUCACCAUCCGCUCGACGACCGUCCUCACCCACGACGUCCUCGUGACCAGCACCGACCACGCCACCACGGUGUCCAUCACGUACAACGGCUGCGUCCCCCCGACGCCCCGGCCACGCCACCUGCGACUCGUAGGGGCCGGGCGCGCGGGGCGAAUGGGGGCGGGGAGAGCGGGAAGUGGGGGGAGGGAGGGAGGGAGGAGGGGGGGAGGUAGGCUGGGAAGAGAGGGUGAGAAAGGUGGGUGUUGAAAGGCUGCUGCAAAGCUCACGUCACAGGCAGACGUUUUAUUUUCUCUUAUUUAUGAUUCCUUUUUUGUAUUCCUAACAUUAUUCUAUUUGUACAAUCUCGACGUGUUGGUGAUUUUCUAAUUUCAUUCUUGACUGUGGCAGUCUUGAAAAUGUUGCGUAUUUUGUAUGUUGUUAAUAUUUUAGCGUAAGGUUAACUCCAGAGAGCGAGUGCAUUACAUGGAUUCCCAAAUUCUGUUCACAAAUCUGUUCCUUUACAUCUAUAUGAAGGCAUCCGUUGUCAUGAACCGGCAGAUCCAAAAACCUUUUUGACAGUUCUUCGAUGACAAAAAACAUAAAGCAUUCUUUCUUUGUUCUCUACGUUAUUUUUAUGUUUCCCCAUUAUGUAUUCGUAUCAGACUGCAGUUCUAAUAAAG